AUGUCGCUCAAACAAGUCUACGAGCGGUUUCUAGCCGAACCCACUGCAGCGUCUCUCUCUGCAGAUGCUGCUCUGAACUAUAUCACAACCACAACCACCUUCUCGACCCCAGAACCCAUCAUCAAGCAUCUACAAACCCAGUCCCGCUCCCUGAAGAAGAAGUCAGAGAAGAUCGUCAAUGUCGUCGAGGGUCCCCGCUCUAUAUGUCUGGACGUUGAGACGUCCCUGGAGUUUCUAACUGGGGGGGGCGCCUAUCUGCCGUCGUUGGAUGACAAUUUCCUUGUUGAUCGCGUGGUUACGCUACCGAUAAUUCAUAUCGUCCACUUCGAUAACAGCGACAGAAUCACUCAAAUUCGAUUGUACUGGGACCAAGGAUCGCUUCUCAAGCAGAUUGAUGUGAUUGGCGCCUCCAGUCGCAAUUGGCCAAUACGCGAUUCCGCUGAACAGCUGCGUCUUGUCAACUCCUCCGUCUCCGCUGCGGGGAACAGUCCCUCCUCAAUGUCGUCGUCAGCCUCCCAGGGUGGCAGGCCGUCUACUGCUGCGUCAAAUAAUGCAUCAAUCGCAUCAAUUACCUCCCCAAGCAAGCGGUUUACAAAGGAUCCGCACGCAUCACUGUCGCUCUUCGAGCCCCAUUCAGACCCAUCCGAAGAUAGACCUGUAUCAGUGUCUUCUCGCGGGUCUGCCAAACCUGCUCCUCGCGAUUACAGUGAUUUAUUCGUCAGUGAUGAUGCAGAUUUCACACCUACAAAACCACCCCAGCUAUCUAGGAAGGAUGGCGCUGCUAUUGCUCCUAAGUCAGGUGCUGAUACCAACUAUCAGGCGUCUCGUGUGUUUGCGGAUGAAGAUAGGCAACAGGGAGAGCAGGACAAUAAUACCAAUGCCAACAACAACAAUUAUUGCCGGACGCCAUCAGCGAAAACUAACUCGAAGAAAUUCAACCACUUCGAAUUCGGAGAGACACCACACCCUGGAUCGACAGUGAAGUCGAAACCACCCAACCAUUUCGAAUUCGGCGUCGCAGAGCCACCCAUCAGCACCAAGCCGCAGCAGAAACGAGAGAAGAACCACUUCGAAUUCGGCGAGGCAGAUCCAGACAGCGUACAUAACACCAUCCCCAUCCGUCCGCGCUCAAACAAACAUAAUUCCAAAUGGGACUUCGAGGACUUUGUUACUCCCGUGAAACCCAAGCAGAAAGUCCAGAGCCAGAACGUGCGCCACUUCGGAUGGAGUGAUAAUGAGGCUGAUGGGGAUACAAAUGUGGCCGUGAGGCCGUUUAAGCCGCCACAGCCGCGCCGGGAUGCGGAGACACAUUUUGAGCUGCGCGAUGAGGGGACGCCCGUUGCGCCGGGCCAGAAGAGGGCGGAUGUCCCCACGAAAGGACCAGGGGUAGCGCAUAAUAAAGGGUUGGGGCUUUACGAGAAUAAUCUGUAUGAUGACUCUGGAACGCCCGUUAGUGAGGAGAGACAGCGGCAUCGGCAGGAAUACAAGAUGCCUACGAAGGGACCUGGGGUGGCGCAUAAUAAGGGGCUGGGACUUUAUGAAAAUAAUUUGUACGAUGAAUUUGGAACGCCUAUUAAAGGGGACGGGGAGAAGGCUGGGGCUGUCAAGGCGAAGGCGCCAUUGGGGGUUAUCCCGAAUGGGGGUGGGGUGAAUCGGAAGAAGGACUUUGACAGUCAUUGGGUUAUGAGGGAUGAUGAGGUGGAGGGGGAUGGGGACGGGGAUGCGAGGCCGGGCGUUGGUGAGAAUGGGAAGAGGACAGAUGAGAAUCGGGGUAGUGGGGCUGGGGGCAUUGAUCGGAAGAAGCCUGGGAGGAUGAUGGAGGCUAGUUGGAAUUCGUUUGAGGAGCAGGAGGGGGAGGGGGAGGGGGAGGCUGUGAAGCGGCGGAUGCAGGAGCAGAAGAGGGUUGGUCGGGUUCAGAGCCAGAGCCAAAGACAGAAUCAGAGGCAUUGGGGGUUUGGGGAUGAGGGGGAUAUGUGA